AGAAACCGAUUACGGGAGAAAAGACGAGUCCACGACACUAGUGCCUUCUAAUGUUAUGGAAGCUGUUACAAAUCAACAGACGAACGAAGAAACAGGUAUCCAAAGCUAUUCAGAUCUGGACGUCGGUUCUACUCCAUACGCCGAAUCUGUUGCCGUGGAAACCAGGGAUGAAGAAACGUCAAGAGCCUCAGUAAAAGGAACUUCUACGUUUAGGAUAUGUAAACUUCAGGAAAAAGAAUCUUGUGACAAUACAACUGAAGAACUGAACUCUUUAUGUGAGCUUAUGGCUGAGGAUAGUCCAUUGGACUUUAGCUUGAGAAAAGAAGCUCAUCCAGAAACAUCAAUAAAUAAUCGAUUUUCGAGAUCUAUUGAAAAUGGGCACAAUACAGAGGCUCAAGAUAUGCCAUUAGAUUUAUCUGUCUCUCGGAGAAAAGUUAUAAGUACUAACUGUCCCAUUCGCACUAAGGUGAGAUGUACUGAAAUAAACUCUACCAAACCGCAUAACAUCCGGUCUGAUUCUUCAGCAGAAGUCAUUGUCCAGGAUGAAAGUUUUCAUUUUAACGCCUUUGAAUGGAAUGGUAAGCUGAGUCCUAGCAAGCUUGCUAAUGUCUCUAACUUACCACUUAAAUCAGUUUCUAAGCCUGCUCUAUCAUCCCCAUGUUCCAGUAUGCACUAUCCAGGCGCCCAAAGUCAGCCUUUGAGUGCUAGCAUCAGGGGUAGCACUGCCCUGGAGGAGCUCAGUUCAGUAAGUCAGGUUUCAUCUAAAUCUGAUGGUUAUCGACAAGGGACCCGACAGAAUCCUUGGCAAAACCAGUGGAUUAGUAAGAGCGGAGAGCAGACUAAAGAUGUCUUUACGUGUGUGUGGUGUAAGGAAUCCUUUCAGAGUUUAUCAGAGAUGACAAUACAUAUGAAACACAGUCCUCGGUGUGGCAUGGUUGGCAUUCAAGACCCCUGCUUAUCCCCUACAACAUCUGUAUCUCCAAUCCCCGGAUCCAAAAGCUCAACUUCAAGUGGAAGUAGAAACUUCUUGGUUAAAGAAUCUAUGACACUACCCCGGAAACUUGUUCGAGGACAAGAUGUCUGGCUUGGUAAAGGUGCAGAACAAACAAAGGAAAUUCUAAAGUGUAUGUGGUGUGGACAGUCAUUCAAGAGUCUUGCAGACAUGACAACUCACAUGCGAGUCACUCAGCAUUACAUAAAUAUCAUCAGUCAAGACCAGCUCAUCUCAUGGAGGAGUCCGGAAGACAAGAUGGCCUCCCAGUCUCAUCUAAACGCUGUACUUACUUGUAAAGUGUGUGAUCAUACUUUUGGAAGCCUUAAAGAGCUGAGUUACCAUAUGGUGAAAAAUUCCCACUAUAAAGAACAUAUACUGCGUUCAAUCACUGAAGGAGGAGGACGUCGUCGACAGACCAAGGAAAGAAGAAAGAAAUCUCUUCCUGUCCGAAAACUUCUGGAACUUGAACGUAUGGAGUUGUACACAUCCACUCAAGUAAAAAGUCAAGACAAUGAAUCAUUUUCCAAUAUAAAACCCGUGCAAGGAAGAGUAUCUUGUGAAGAAUGUGGGGAAAAAGUAGACGCCAAAGAUUUCAUAUCUCAUAUCAAAAGCUGUUCCCAAAGCUCCAAAACACAAGAUAUAGAAAUUGCACAGUCCACAGAUACAAGUGAGCAUGAGAGUUCUGGAGGCUUGCAGAGUGACCAACUAUCUGUGUUGGCUCAUAGUUCUAGUCCUGACUCAGCUAAAGCUGAUAUAUCACGGAUACAAAAGACUGACGACAUCAAGAAAGAACUUAAAGACUCACUAAAUGAAGAGAUCGAAGAAGUAGACGAACGUGGAGGUUCAGCUGGUAGUUCUUCAGUAUUAAAUGAAAUCGAAAAAUUAAUAGAAAAAAGUUUUGAAGAUCAAAGCAAGAAGAACAAUGUCAGUUCCAUUGGAAUAUUACAAAGGUUAGGAAUUGAUGAAGACAUUGACCCUCCGUGGCAUUCUUUAGGAAUCUCUACAGAACCGAAUCAUUCAAAGUAUAUUACUGGAGAUUUUCGAAGAUCUUUGGUCUCCUCAGCAGGAAUAGAAAAGGGCCAGAGCACGACGCCUGACCCAAUAUCAACAGAAGAAGAGACAUCCUUAACUGGAGACACUCGACUCGAAGAAACUCACUUAUUAGCAUUCCGAGAAAGAUCACCACCAUGUUCAAGAACUUUAGUUUCCAACCAGGAAUCCCGUUCAUCACCAUCUAAUAACAAGAUGGCGUGCUACCAACUUGAGAAUGAUGAUCUUUGUUCCAUAACAAAGUCGAUUAGUACCAGUCAAACAGAUGCAAAUCCAGCAGAAUAUGAUGUGGACUUUCAUUCAGGUAGUCCACCAGUAUCUGACUGUGCCAGUGAUUCUAAAGAACCAUUUUCUGAAACUGAAGCCCCCAGCUGUGUAGCUGACGUAUGUAGUGCAACAACGUCAGGAGUUUGUAGUGCAUCAACAUCCAGCGCGUGUAGUAUGCCAGUUCCCGUUUCGUCUAAGCCUUCAAUUCCCGAACACAAAGAUGGUGAGAUAUUUAAUAUUGAAAAAAUAUAUCCCACCACAGUAAGAGAUGGAUACUUAUCAAACAAGAAAAACUCACCAUUUAUCUCAUCAGAGUCCCCGCCCUUAGAACUAAACCACAAAAAACAGAAGGGACACGAAGAAAUAUCAGACCAUCCCCUUAAAGAACUGCAGAAACUUUUAGACAAAACUAAUGUUACAGUUACCAAACCUAACCACCAGGUGUCACAAGGUUCGAUCCUGGAGUUUUCUUGGGCAUGUAAUGAAGCAGCAGCUUCAGACUCGCUAAUGAAGUGUGCCUUCUGCGACACUCAUUUUAUAUCUAAGGGUGCUUACAGGCACCAUCUAAGUAAAGUCCACUUUGUUAAAGAUGGGAAUGAUUCAUCUUGGAGCUUAAAGGAUCUCCCUGACCCUACGACGCUCGUAAAGGAGUCUAUACCGCCUAAGGAGGAAAAUCCUCACUAUAAGUUUCUAAAGUAUACGGAAUUAGCAAAACAGUUAUCAAGCAAGUACGUGUAAAACUAUUGGUGUUGAAAUUGAUAGUUCCAAAAGACUGAAAAUGUUAGGGAUGUAUACACAGUGCGAGAACUUUUGUUCUGAAGAUUUAAGAAAUGCUCUUGGUAUUACUGUCUUGAUUUAAAUAUGCUAAAGCUAAAUAAGAACAUAUUGUGUCUGUGAUCAGACUUAUUGUGAACAAUAAAAAAAAAACAUUUUAAAAUUGUUAAGUAUGUAAUUUUCAAGGAAUAUCCAGGUUUAAACCCCUAAUAAUUAUGAUAUGGUCAGUCCAAUAUAUAAUUCUAAUCCGAAACAUUGUUUUCUGUACAAACAAAGCAACAUUUUUUUAAGUUACUUGACAAGUAUGUAAAAUGUGAAAAGAUGAUCAGGGUUCGAAUCAACUUGCCGAUAAGAACAAGGAAUUGUAUCAUUAGUGUUUAGUGUCGGAAAUAUCUCGAAUAUUUCCAAAUUUUCAACUAAUAAAUUGAGUCGUUUUAAGCUUUCAGAAGUUUAUUUGAGUUGUAAUCAUUUUUUAUUUUGAUAUUUUUUUAAAAAUGGCGAUCUUUUAUAACGUUGUCAAAUUGGCAAAUAUCUGUUCGAAAUUAGCUCCAAAUAUCUGUUCGAAAUUAGCUCCAAACAUCUGUUUGAAAUUAGCUCCAAACAUCUGUUCGAAAUUAGCUCCAAACAUCUGUUCGAAAUUAGCUCCAAAUAUCUGUUCGAAAUUAGCUCCUAAGUUAUGGGUUUGUUUAUCAGCCGGUUAUUCAUCGUCAAUAAAGUUUUAGAAAUGAUUGAAAUCCAUAAAUAAUUUUCCCAUACGAAAUUAUCCAUAUCUUGUUAGUUGGCUAGGUCUUGGUGCUGUUACAUAAUUAUGUUAACAUCAGAUCUCACUGAAAAUAACAUGUCUCACUAUAUGUACGAACCUUUAUUUCAUGGUCUGAUUUAGCGCAAAGCGACACCUUGGGCUAUCUCUACUCUGUCCACCAGGGGGAAUUGAAACCAGGAUUUUACCGGAACAUUUAUGUUAUGUACUACAGAAAACACGAGAUUAGUGGCGGGUAAAUUUGUAACAAGUGAAAAUAUUUUGGUCGGGUAUCGAAACCCGGUUUCUAGCGUUGUAAGUCCACAGACAUGCCGCCGUGCCACUGGGGGCAACAAAAUAUGAAUUUACUGUUUUAUAUUACUAGGAAUUAUUAAACUUGUGUGUACCUUUUUACUGGUCCAAAUAUCACUGUUUGUUUUGAGCUAAUAGACAUUAGAAUAACAAAUUGGAGAAAAAAACGCGAAAUUUCAAAAUAAUAAAAAAAAUAUGGAACAAAUUCAAAAAAUUGUAGAAUUUAUAUACAAAUUUUGUAAUUUUGAACAAAUCCGAUAGAUUUCACAAUCCAUAAUAAUGGAAUUUUGGUGAUCUUUCACAGUGAGCAUAAGCUUGUUUUGUUUGUUUGUUAAACCGUGUAGAGUAAACGUGAAACGAUAUCAAGGUUAGUGUAGUUUUUACUGCUCUCUAUUCUUAACGUUUUAUUUUCGGCUUUCAAUAAGAUGCAGAACUAAAAUGUGUUUUUUGUUUUUCAUAGCUUAGCUUUGUGUUAGUGUUUUGAGGUAUUUAUACAUAAUUAACUAUUCUAACCAUUUUGUAGGAAUAAACACAACUUUAAAAAAAGCUUAUACAAAAGGAUAGAGGAUUUUGUGCACGUGAAGAACCAUAUCAACUUGUGGGUAUUUAUAUAUAUAUUGGUUUAUAUAUAAAUUUCAUUACUUUGAUGAGUGUGCAAUGAAAAUGAUAAAAGAUUGUUGUAUAUAACACAGAAUGUUAUGUGGAUGUUUGUAAACACUUGUACUUAAUCUUUUUCUUCAACUUUAGCUAAGAAUUCUUAUUUGCCAAGAGCUUCCACCUGUUUAAUCUCACUGUAAAUAGCCAUGGUUUCGAGAGUGUGAGCCUUGAUACUC